GGCUAAACUCUCAAAUUUCCUCACUUCCUUUGUCCACCCAGAACUUUCCCUUCCCGUUAUUACGCACAUCACUUCUCUGCAUGAAAAACUAAUACAAGUCUACAGGCAAUGGAAGGCGCUGCUUCAACAUCCACAGAGAACACAAACGGGAAUGAGAAUCAGGAGGUACAGAUGUCCAGCAAGCCUCUGCAUCGCUUUGUCCAGAGGGAACCCAGAAGUCUUGGGAUUGUUAUUGUGGUCUUUGGCUGCGCAGAGCUCCUGAUGGGGCUUCACCUGACCCGUGAGAGUGUGCUGACUUCUUGCGUAAUCUACAUUCCCUACUGGCAGGGACUUCUGUUUCUUGUCUGUGGAAACCUGUCUAUCUACACUGAGGUACAUCCAUCCAAGAAGAUGGUGACUGUGUGCUUGGCCAUGUAUGUGGUUUCUCUGUUUGGAAUCGUAGUCUCUGUUGUCUACAGGCUAUACUGCUUCUCCCAUUAUAUCUUCCUUUCAUACCGGUCUUCAAACCAACUUUUCAGUAUUGAAGCCAUACUGUUCACUUCCUCUCUGUGUGUGUCUGCGCUCCUCAUUUUCUUGUGUGCUGUGGCACGUUUAGCUCUGAAGUCCACACACACUCAGCAGGUUAUUGUCCAGCACACCUCGGCACCACAGAGUGACACAACAUCAAACUAAAACCUUUGCAAGUAUUUUUUUGUUUUGUUUUGUUAUUUUUACAGUAACUAAGAUUGGUUUUGCUGCAGCACACCAAGCUUGUCAUUAUUCCGCUUACAGCACUUUACAUACACACAGCCAGGCUCACGUGUACUUAUUGUAUGGGUCAGUAAACACUUACUUAUGUUAUGUUACUUUAAAUUAAAGCAAUCCAACAUUCUAUAUACCCGUUAAUGAAGUCAACUGACUAACUCCGCUGUGACAUAAUAUUACCUAAUCUUAAUGUAAUCUUAACCUGAACCUGAAUCUUAACAGAGGCUUAGUUUAGACUCUAUCUGCAGCUUCUGGUGGUCAAUGUGAACCUCUGUACACACUUAACGGCAGGCAUUUCACCAUGUGGCUUUGGAUGAAUGAGCAGAUGUUGCUUCUGUGUUUUGUUUACAAGACAGCACAUAAUUUUGUAAUUUCAGAUUUUUUUUUUAAAGAAAUGACUAUAUUUUAAUACAUUUAUAUUUUAACACGCUUAAUAUGUAAAAAUAUACUGACAAUAAAGAAGUUACAGGUGAACCGAAAUGCUGAGAUGACAUCCAUCCAGCGCAUCUGUUUCAAGCUCAUAACUUCAGUUCAUGUGUACACUAACUUAUUACAGUUCAUGUAUGUUCAUCUACACAACUGAAAAAUAAAGAGCCUGCUCAGAAAGCUGUUGCCAUUGUUUGCCAGUUAAUUUGUCACCUAAAAAAUUCACCUGACUGUUGGCUUGUUGGAAGUUCUACUUCAGUGCUAAUCCUGUAUUGAAUUUUGUACCAACUCCUUUAGUUUUCAUUUUAAAUCACUGGAUUGUUUCUUUUUAAGUUUUCAGCAUGUCCCUUGACACUUGGGCAUCAUCCUAGUUGUUUUUUUUUUUUAUGCAUACUCAUGCUAGUGAUUUUGACUUGUGUGUUGCAUCUAUAUUGUUGAAAAGAGGCAAAACUCUGCUGCUGUGGGCUCGGCUUUGAAAAUUGAGGCAUCGGAAUCAAAACCAUGAUAAAUAAUGCAAUGGCACAGUCACCAUUCACUUAAUUUAUUUCCAUCCAUUUCAUUGAGUAGACAAACAGUAGUACAACAUUGUUAUGGAUUGCUGUUGGCAGUCUGAGGGAGAGGGUAUUCCAGCAGAGGAAUGUCUUCUUGUUUGGUCCAUGUGAAAUUUGGUAAUCAUUUUUUUUUUUAUUGUUCACAGUAUUUAAUAGAUAUAGCUGGCAGUGUACA